AUGCCGAGAGAAUUGAUAACAGUUCAGGUUGGGCAAUGUGGGAAUCAGAUUGGCUGCAGAUUCUGGGACAUAGCUCUGAGAGAGCAUGCCUCGGUCUCUAGCUCCAAGAAUCCCGUCUUUGAUGAAUCCCUCUCCUCCUUCUUCCGCAAUGUCGACCGGUCGCAGAGGAACCUUCCUGUCGGCUCACCCAUCACAUCACUACGGGCCCGGGCGGUGCUGAUAGACACCGAGACGGGCGUUCUCAACUCGAUACAGUCAGGGAAUAAUUGGGCACAAGGACACAUGGAGUAUGGACCAAAAUAUCGGGAGUCGAUAGCAGAGUGUGUUCGACAGACUGUAGAGCAUUGCGACUCCCUCCAGUCUUUCUUUGUGCUUCACUCUUUGGGUGCUAUCAAGACCUGUGGAGGAACAGGGUCUGGGCUGGGUACAUACGUGCUGUCGCUCCUGUCGGAUUACUAUCCGGAAGUUUACAGGUUUACAGCAUCGGUGUUUCCCAGUGAGGACGAUGAUGUGGUGACAUCUCCAUACAACUCAGCGCUGGCCCUCAAGAAGCUCUCUGAUCAUGCGGACUGUGUUCUACCGAUAGAGAAUCAAGUGUCUCAGCGAUUGGAGAAGUACAAACAGUCAUCAACAUGUACGGGAAAAUCUCGUGACAAUGUCGAUUUGCGUCAAGUUUGUUCACGGUUGUGCGUUGCCAGCUGCAAAAGUGAAGAUGGGGGAAACAGGCGCUAUAACAUCAGGAGGGACUAUGGGGAAGGCGAGAAGUUUUGA